CAAUUAGUCUAAUUCAAAUUUUGGUGCACUACAUUGUAUACCAAUUUGUGCGGGUUCAGUUGAGUGUAGGCCGGCAUGGAGUGUUUGUCUCAAAAUUGUACCCAGGGGAGUGUUGGACCCGCAAACCAAAUCGCGGGUCUCCUAAUUCAAACGUUGUUAACUGCAUUUUGCUCUAUUUCGGAUGAAAAUCAGUGGCCGGCCAAUUAUGGACCAGCAGCAAUUGAGAAAGGCUUGGACCCUUAUGAUUUCAUUAUCAUCGGUGGAGGAACAGCCGGUUCUGUUCUAGCCAAUCGGCUUAGUGAAGACCCUUCCCAUAAAGUUCUUCUUCUAGAAGCUGGAGGCAACCCACCUGUCGAAUCCGAAGUUCCCCAAUGGUUCUCAGCAAUGCAAUUGACAAACUACGAUUGGCAAUAUCAAACCGAACCUGCUAAAAAAUCUUGCCUAGCAAUGCGUGGCUCGAAAUGCAACUGGCCUCGUGGAAGACAACUUGGGGGCACCAGUAGUCUGAACGGAAUGCUCCAUAUUCGAGGCAAUCGAAAAGAUUUUGACGAAUGGGAAGAAAUGGGUAAUCCAGGCUGGGGAUGGAACAGUGUUUUGGAGUACUUCAAAAAGUCAGAAGACUUUCGUGUUGAGAAAACUUUCUCCGAGCAUAGAAACGGAAAGGGUGGUCCCCUCCCAGUUGACUAUUUCAAUCACACAAUGGAUACUAGCGUCAUUAGCGAUAUUAUUGUAAAAGCCGUUAAGGAACUUGGAUUUAAAUACGUGACCGAAUUCGCAGAAGGAAGUUAUCUCGGAUACUCAAAAAUUCACGCCAACAUUCAGAAUGGGAAACGGUUCAGCACUGGUAAAGCCUAUCUUCCUCCUACCAAAGAUAGACCAAAUUUACAUGUGAUCAAAUAUGCUCAUGUGGAAACUAUCAAAUUCACUGAAGACAAGCGAGCACAAGAGGUAGUUUUCAAAUACAAUAGAUCCGAUAUCAUGACAGCCUCUACCACGAAAGAAAUAAUACUAUCCGCCGGAGCAAUAUCUACUCCCCAUAUUCUCAUGCUAUCCGGAGUUGGACCUGAAAGUCACCUUAAAAAGCAAGGAAUACCUCUAGUUGAAAAUCUUCCAGUGGGCAAUAACUUACAAGAUCAUGUUUUGGCUCCCGUUUUCUUCACGUUCGGAAAAACUACUGAUUCGCCGGUUUCAAAGGAAGAACUGAUAGACAGUAUCUACCUGUAUUUGACUAACAGGACAAGCUCGUUAUCUGGUGUAGGCAUCAUGGACCUCGUUGGCUUUAUGAAUACAACCGACUCGAACGCUUUGUACCCCAACAUUCAGUUUCAUCACUUCUUCUAUAAGAAAGGAUCACCUCACUUGCAUUUCUAUCUAACCUCUGCCGGAUACAAUGACAUUGUGAAAUACCAACUGAUAAAAGCCAACGAAAAAACGCAUAUUUUAGUAAUCUACGCUGUCCUAUUAAAACCGAAGUCACGAGGAACAAUCCGACUUCAAAGUAAAAAUACCAAUAUCAAACCUAAAAUAAAAACAAAAUUUUUCGACAAACCCGAGGAUGAAGAUACGCUACUACGAGGAGUCGGUCAUGUCGUCAAUCUGGAAGAGACCAAAGUAUUCCAACAAAAUGGAGCAAAUGUGCUGCAAUUACAAUUUCCGACAUGCAACACUGCUGAGUGGUCUGGCGAAUACUGGAAAUGUUAUAUUAGGCACAUGUCUACGAGUAUCUACCACGCCGUUGGUACUGCAAAAAUGGCCCCUGUUACAGACCCAACGUCAGUUGUCGAUCUUGAGUUGAAGGUCAAAGGUAUCAGUGGUUUGCGGAUAGUUGACGCUAGCGUGAUGCCCACUAUUCCCAGUGCUAAUACAAAUGCUGCUGUAACUAUGAUUGCUGAAAAGGCUGCUGAUUUAAUUAAGAAGGCCUGGAGUAAAGGACGAAGUGGGGAUGAACUAUGAUUGGAUUUUUAUGAUAUUGGCAUGUAAAUUGUGUUACUAUUUAAUUAAUAAAUGUUUUGUUUGGCUCUAA